GGGCGGAAGUGGGGCAGUACGUAAAUCUCUGCCGCCGGAAGUGGGAACGUUUCUAUCACGUAUUUCGCUUCACGUGUGUUCUGUACCGGUGGAGUGGUGCGCUGUGGUCGUGAAGUGAGGGGGGACGGUUCUGGGGGACUCCGCCAGCUGCCAUAGAGGGUACUUUGACAUGUCCUUACCGGUGCUGGCAGGUUACAAGUCAUAUAACACAAAAUAAGCCAAUGGGUCACCACAAUGGCUUCAGAGACUCCUGGAUCUACGGUGUCAUUGGUUGGACAAGGGUCAUUUUUAACUAAGCCUUCACUUCAGAUGGUGGGGUGCACGGGAAAAAAAAGCAGCACCUUUACAAAUCCGCCUGAUGGAUUGUGUCCACUGUGCAAGGCCAAGGGCCAGAGCCAAGUCGUCAAGACAUACCGCAUUAACUUUACUCAAUCAAUCCUCCUCUGCUCUGAUCCACAGUGUAUUUAUCCCCUGGGAUACACCCCCUUGGAUAACAUAAUCACGAACACUUCAGACUUGAGGAAUCUCUGCCCAAGCAAACACAUAAAGAGGAGCAUCUCAGAGCUGUCACCCACAUCCCAGCCAGAUGUGAAGCGAUUAAAGUCUGAUCUGCCUCUCCUCGGUCAGCAAAGUACCAUAGAUGCAGCUACUUCUGCUCAAGCUGAAAGCAGCACAUCUGCGCAAAUUGUGCCACCAUGGGAACAUGAUACAACACCUUCAGAAAUAUCCCAGCGUGGUUGGACUGAGGAUAUGGAGCUUACAAAACAAGAUGUGCCAGAAACAGCAGAUUUAUUCAGUUCUACUCCUGUUCUGAAUAGGCUUUGUGAUAGACCUCUGCAAAGUGAAGAUGUUCAAAUGAUAGACCAGUCAUAUAGCACCAUUGAUGAUAGUAAGAGCUCAAAUACGUUGUUUGAAACUGAGGAUCCAGAGGAAAACAAGGAAAAGGUACUGAAGAAGACAGAGCAAUCUCCUUUGCCUGAAAUGAAAAAAAUGUUAAAUCAUGAAAACAAGAUCACUUUAAAUGGAAACCCAUGCAUUUUGGACGACAGUGAAUUACCUUCAGAAUCAGUGAUAUUUUCUAAAAGCAAGGAUUCACCUGCUGGGCUCCUGCAGGAUCAGCUAUGUUCACAAAUGAAGGACACAGAAGUGUUGAGCACACUUUGCAAUGGAGAGAGUGCUAUGCCAGUUUCUCUGAGUUCUUUAAGAGAAGUGGAGUCGGCACAGCCAUGUGACGACGUACCGAAGAUUCCACAAGAUUCAAGUGAAAACAGGGACUCCCACUUGCUGCAGUGCACAGACAAUGUAAUGCACAACACCGAUGCUAUGGUAGAGGGCAGCUGUGCAGAGGAUAAUCAACACGCAGAUUCGUCAAUACCUUGUAAUUUAAUUGAGAACAGUCAGUCGACAUCAUUUGAAAGUAAAGUGUUUCCUGUUUCAGAACAGGAUAAGUUUGUAGAGCAUUUGAACAAAACUUCAUUAAAAUCCGUUUUUCCGCAUCAUGUUGAAGCUGCUGCUGAAGAAAACAAUAAUAACCCCGUAGGAGCAUUAGAACCUGCGUUUCACUUGGCACAAGAUUCUUGUGGAACGACAAGCACUUCCUAUUUACUGCAUGACCUUCAGCCCCCGUGUUUAUCAGACAAUGGUUCUGUGGAUGUGGAUGAGCCACCUUGCUCUAUGGCUUCUGUUAUGAAAGCCAUUGAAGAGCUCACAGCUGCACCUUUGAAGGUCUGUCCCUUGUCGACGUCUCUACAGCUGGUGGAAGGUACAGAGAAAAUGCAUGUUGAAACAACCCCUUCUCACUCAGUGGAAGAUAGCCAACCUGAAUGUCCUUUAGAAGUGGAUUCCUCAUUUAAUUUGCCUGGCACAUCCUGUAUGACAGAUGCUUUUGUGGUCUCUAGCAGGGAUGCUAGUCCAGAAGAAGACUCCUUACCGGAAGGUCAUUCAUCAGACCAGGGUGAUUUUAUUGGAGACUGCCAGCAAAACCUCUCUGAAACGGACACUACAUCUGCUGUGGUGCAGGACACCCUUCCAGAGUGCCAGUCACAGGAGAAGUGCUUAAGUGAUGUGCCUUUAACCCCUUGUGCUUCACUAUCUAAUCCCAUAGAGAAAAACAGUCCUAUUGUGACCUCUGCAGAAAUAAUAAUAAUGCCCAAUUCUCUGAAGUCAGAGCAUUUGGAUCAGACUCGCGACUGUCAGAAAAGUGUCUGUAAUGGAAUUGCGCCCUUAGACUCCCCUCAAGAGACCAGGCCUGUGCAUGAGGAUUGCUCCCUGAUGGAGGUCUGUAAUACAGUAUGCUCUGUAUCUGAAAAAGAUGACCGUAACGCAGAGCAAGAGAUUGCACCUUUACCAGACAAUUCUUUAUUAGGAGCUAAGAAAUUAAACCAAGAAUCUAUGGAACCAUGUGGCAUAAGCACCCCUCUUUGGAAUAUUCAGGCUGCACUCACUAUGAAAGAUGAUUCCGUCCUUGAUGUCACUGGUUCUUCAUGUAACCUAACUUCUGCUAUGGAUGUGGAUGAUGGUGGUGAUGCUAAAAUUCCUGCCCCCCUGACAAACAGCCAGCUGGAAAACAAUGGAAGUGCCCCAACAUCCUGUUCACAAGCAGAAGAUAUAGUAAGGACAGAGGCCCAUCCUUUGCAUGAUACAGUUACUGCUAUAGAAGACUUUGGUAGUGGAGACCAAGCUGAUGCCCCACAAAUAGAUUCAGCAGAAUCUAAAAGGACCCCUAAGAAAACGUCCUUUGAAAAUACUGUCCUACCUGACCUGUUGCUAGACAUACAGCCUGAGCACCGCAUGGAAGAGCAGUUAUCAGCAGUCCCCAGUCCUACAUGUGAUGCAGAUUUAAUGGAAACCAUGUCUACAGAUUGCAAACGGCCAAAAGAAGGAAAUGUAUUGCAAGUUAGGCUAGACAAACUGGAACCCAAAACAAACGUGAUGGAAGUAACAGACCCAAACCUCAGUAACGAUGAUCUCCAGAAUAGUAUCCAUAUGUCAGAUACUUUGUCCUCACAAGGCACUCUGAGCAAUGAAAGCAUUGAAAGUGGGUCCUUGGACCUUUCUGUAAUGAAUAUAGAGCAAAGUCUGUCCGGUCUUGAAGCCAGGACUUUCGAGAACUCCCAGAGAGUCCUGCAAUGGAAGAACCGAAAAUCCUUAUGUUGGUUAGAUUGCAUAUUAUCAGCCCUGGUGCAGUCCAGAACUCUUGGUUUCUUUGUAGCAAAGCAAGGAAAUGAUAAAGAAUCCCUAAUUUUCAACCUUUUUGACAAAUACAAAAAAGCCACUGCAUUGUGCAAACAGAUUACCAAAAAAAAUAAAACAGGGAGGCCAACAAAAUCUGAAACCUGUCUCAAUGAAGUCCGAAUCCACAUAUUUGACACAUUAAAGCCAUUGUUGAAGUGUGAAUUGGGACACAAAGAGAGUCCGGUGUUUGCUUUUCCUCUGUUCCUGAGACUGGACCCAGAUUUUCAGAAGCUCUUUGUACAUUCUUUCACAUGGAACUUCAAAUGUGAAUCCUGUGGGUACACUUACCAGGACAGGUGUCAGAAAACCAUGACAACUUUUACAAAAAUUGUUCCGGAUUGGAGACCUCUGAAUGCAGUUCACAAUUCUCCAUGCAACAAGUGUCAGGCUGAAGACCAGAGGCGAGAGAUGCAUUUGGAAACGCUACAACCUCUGUUCAUGCUUCAUUUUGUGGAAGGGUUGCCAAGCAGUGAUUUGAAGGGUUAUGCGUUUGAGUUUGGAGAACACUGGUAUGAUAUUAGGACAGUUAUUAGAUAUCACGACCAGCAUUUUUCCACCUGGAUGGCAAAUGAUGAUGGUACUUGGCUGGAGUCAGAUGACCUUAAAGGCUCAUUUUGUAGAAGGCACCAGAAGUUCAGAAUGCGUGCUGAGGCCAUUCAUAUUGUCAUAUGGGAGAAAAGCACUGGAAAGCCUAUUCGGGAAGAAAUUUCUAUGCGUAGCAGUACAACAAAUGUUUCUGAGAUGAAGUCUGAAAAUCUAGCUUCCAUACCAACUGCUGAAAUUGGUCUCUCUGAUCCUUCCAGAGAAUUCACGCAUUUUGCUCCUGAAGCUGAAGAAGUCAGUAAAACAACUUGUGCAGAAUACUUAGCGCAAGUAGCUUCUACAUCUGAAUGCAUUAUUUCAGAUUCUUCUACAGAACAUACACCACCUCCUGCAGUUAAGACUAACCCUUCAGUUUUGCCUUCAGCUCGCCCAGCGUCUAGGUCCGUGACCGAUAACCCAUCCAGUCUCCUUGCUGGAAUGGAGGGAUUUGCUGAUGAUGACAUCAUUACACUGACAUUGGUUGAAAUUCCGGUUGAUGCUACUGGCAAACCAGUUGGCUCUGUGGCACUAAAUUCUGGUGUCCCCCAGGUGGAAAUAAAUCCAGAUAACACUCUCCAGCCUGCUGCUGUUAAAAUGCAGAAUGGUUCUGCAAAGCUACCACAACAUAUUGAUCAAAGUCAAAGUAAACAUUUGCCAUCUGAGCCACCAGUGACCGAUUCUUCUCCAGUUUGUACCAGUCAGCAGAUGCCAGCUCAGCCAUGUCGUCGAAGGGUGCAAACUAGUAACAUGCCAGCAGCUGCUAUAGCCACCAGUACCCCCAACACAAAGACUUUCAGCUCUAAGAAAAGCAUCGUUGACAACAUGAUGGGCACUUUGUUGAAAAAGGAUAACCUCUUUAUAAAUUCUUAUUCUUGUAGUGCAAAUAGGAAAACCACAGCAAGUAAACCAUGGCAACCAGCUACUCUCUUAAAGGAGUCUGAUUUGAAUGGGGCUACUAAAAAGGCUGAUAACUUUGAGGGUUUCCGAAGUAAGACUGUUAAUAACAUUGGUAAAACUGAUGAAUCCAGCUUACUUAUUUCCAAACUUUUAAAAAAUUCAUCUAGUUUUAAUGUCCCUAAAGAAAAGACUGCCUCAUCUGAUAAAUCAUUUCUUGCACCAGCUCCUUUGGGGCACAUGAAACCUGGAAAAAAUGGAUUAAGUUCCGGGAGAAUGUCAGUAAAAGAUAAUGGCCUAAGUGGCGAAGAUAAGGUUAAAAAACUGAGAUUAAAGUUGUUAAAAAAGCUAAAGGCCAAGAAAAAUGAACUAGCCUUGCUAGAGAAGGUGUCAAAAUUACAACAGAAUGGCUCCUGUCCUGGUGAAAGUAACGGAGUUCAGCCAGGUGUUGUAAAUCGUCAGGAGCAUUUGCGUGGAUUUAUGCAGGAGCUACAGGACCAGAUAGACAAUGCAGACAACGAAUCCAUUGGCACAAUGAGUACCUGCACAUCCAUAUGCAGCAGCCCUGGAGAUGCGGAGUUCUUUGCUGAACUUUUCUCUCCAUCGCCAGUAAACAAUCCAGAGAAUGACAGCAGAUUUUUGGAGAUGUUGGCUGAUGGACAUGGAAUAUCUGCGGAGAACUCUCAACAGGCUGCUGGGUUUGAUUACUCCAUGAACAACACUAUCACAGAGUCUUCUUCAGGCGCCAACACUUUUAACCAGUCUUCCUCUGAAGAGCAGUCUUUGAACCUUUUGUCAUCUUCUACUAUGGCAGCAUUGACUGAGGACACUGGAUACUUGGACUCCUUUGAUAUUUUCUAAUUCUUUUGCAGCACUGAUAAACUGUCUUGCAUCUUA